AUGCGCAUCCAAUCUCUCGCUCUCUUGGCCGGUGCCACUACCGCCAUUGCUGCCGAAACUGUCACUCUUUUCCUGCCUGGAUUUGACGAGCAACGAAUCGAGGGCAAGGUCAUUGGAACUAGCGGCUCCAUGACCAAAUAUCUUAUCAAAUGUGCCGCCGACGUUGCUUCCGACGAGUGCGGCAUUCCAAACAACGGCAUGGUCGUGGCCCAAGGCUCUUCAACCGUUAGCCUGUCAUACGGCAUGGAUGAUGUCACCAUCGUUGAGAGCUGCAAGUAUGAUGCCACAAGCGCAAAGUGCGGCGCAAGCUUCGACGAGCGUGGCACAACCUCCACCUGGAACUCGGCCAUUGCUAUCUCUGAAAUUCCCGGUGGCGCAUUGAUGCCUGUGACUAUCACCGCAACUGGAGCUGAUAGCGCGUCCGCCACCACUGGUGCCUCAGUCUCGGCUUCUACCGCCGUCUCGACUAGCGGUGCUACUUUGACUACCUCCGCUUCUACUUCUGACAGUACCGCUACUGGCACAAGCACUAGCACUGGUACUAGCACUGCUGGCGCGUCCUCGGAUAGCAGUGCUGCUGCCACUAGCCAGACUGAGUCUGGUAAUGCUGCUAUGCCCAUGAUUACUGGAAACGCGCACUGGGCUGCCGGUGGUGUUGCAGCUGCACUGGCUCUUGCCGCUCUGUGA